AUGAACUUUCUCCGGAAGUUUAUGGGCGUGGCCAAGGAGGAGCCCGAGAUCGCCCUGGUGCCGCUGGGACGGUUCUUGUUGACGCGGCUGCCCCGCCUGCCCAAAGGGGCGUUCGAGUGUCUCUACCCGGACGCCUACGCCCUGAUCCGCGGCACCUCCACUGCCUACUACCACCAGCUCUGUAUCCAGCGGGUGGCUGCCGGCGCCGACCCGGCGUCGCUGGUGGGCGGGCUCAACGGCGACGAACUGGACCUGGACGACGACGACGACGACCUGAUACGCCUGAACAACGGCGCCGACGACGGGCCCCACACGCUGGACGAAUGGACGUUCACCAUUGGCGACGAUUUGGGGUUUGCUACCUUCGAUAACGACCAGGGAUAUCGCGUAAUUAGCUGGAAGGACGUCAAUGGCGAUUUGGGGGAUAAGUUUGAGUUUAUCGUUGAUCCCAGUGUCGAUCAUGCUCGUGUCGAUGAUUUCAUUCUUAUCUUAUUUAAGUGUCUUUAUGAGGCUACCUACCAGGAACUGCUGGAGUCGAUUAAGCUGCUUGACGAUACCCGAUUAGCUACCCUCGUGAGUAAUAAGCCGACGGAGCUCAUCGAUGACCCGUCGCUGAUUCUCCUGUACCUCCAACUGCUGCUGCUGCUGCUGCUGGCCAACCCUAUCUACCUGGAACAAGCUCGUCAUUGGUGA